AUGACGCAAGUGGUAGCGGUGGCGGGUGAGCCGGUGUACCUGCCAUGUGACGUCGCAACGCAGGAUGAAGAUGACGCAGUACUACUUGUUCUGUGGUAUAGAGAAGACUUGGGCACGCCUAUAUACAGCGUGGACGCAAGGGAGAAGGACUUCGGUGUUGCAGAACGAUGGUCCGAUGAAAGUGUUUUUGCCUCAAGAGCCUAUUUUCUACCCGAAAGAAGACCAGCGGAACUGGGUGUGGAUAGAGUCAGGGCGACUGACCAAGGAAUAUAUAGAUGUAGGGUAGACUUUAAACAGGCGCAAACUAGAAAUUCAAGAGUUAACCUUACAGUUAUUGUUCCGCCAAACAAAAUGGUUAUAACAGACGAUAAGGGAGACGUGAAGCAAGCUAUAGUGGGGCCAUACGUGGAAGGUGAUACUUUCACGCUCAAAUGCGAUGUGUUCGGAGGUCGGCCUCGACCAUGGGUUAAAUGGUUUAAGAAUGAAGUGGAAACAGAUACUCCGGCUACGACGUUACAAGGCAGCGGUGUUAGGGGCGUGCUAAGGGUAGGCCCUCUGACCCGAGCCGAUGUCAGAGCCACCCUGACAUGCAGGGCUUCUAAUCAUUUGAGGGCACAUCCUAUUGAAACUACACUCACUUUAGACAUGAAUUUUCCGCCUUUAAACGUUCAUAUACUUGGAUCGAAUCAGCCUUUAUCAGCGAGUAGAAGAUAUGAUCUGCUAUGCCAAAGCUCUGGGUCACGUCCGCCCGCUUCCAUCACCUGGUGGAAAAACGGACAUAGGAUAAACAACGCUAAAGAAACGCUUUCAACAGAUGGUAACACGACGACAUCUACAGUGUCCAUACAGUUGACGAAAGCUGAUGCCGGUGCGAAGCUCGCAUGUAGAGCUUCAAAUCCUCAGAUGGCGUCAAUGCCAGCGUUAGAAGAUGACUGGAUAUUAGAUAUACAAUAUGUUCCCGAGACGAUGGUUCGACUAGGCACUAAUUUAGACCCAACUAAUAUCAGAGAAGGCUCGGACGUGUACUUUGAUUGCAUCAUCAAAGCCCAUCCCUACGUUUAUAAAGUCGAGUGGAGACACAACGGUAAAACACUUCACCACAACGUGGGUCAAGGCGUCAUAAUAAGCAACCAGUCCUUAGUGCUUCAAGGCGUGGGAAGGAAGACAGCCGGUAACUACACUUGCGUCGGUUUCAACGCGGAAGGAGAUGGCGAGAGCAAGCCUUUCACUUUAGAUGUUUUAUACGCCCCAACGUGUCGCAGCUCGCAACAAAGGGUGCACGGCGUCGCAAAGCAAGAGCGCGCGCACAUCACGUGCCAAGUGGACGCCAACCCGCCUGAAGUCAGUUUUCGAUGGACGUUCAACAACACAGCAAAUAGCAACGAAGUUAGCGAUACCUACGUUUCAAGAGCAGGCACCAGUUCCACCGUAACGUACACUCCACAUACAGAGAUGGACUACGGGACGCUACUCUGCUGGGCGCACAAUAGAAUCGGGAAACAAAGGGUGCCGUGUGUGUAUCAUAUCAUUGCUGCUGGCCGACCAGAUCAAGUGCACAACUGCACAGUGGUAAAUGCUUCCCUCACGUCGUUCGGAGUUCGAUGUUCAGAGGGUUUUAAUGGAGGCAUGCCUCAAUCAUUCUUGUUAGAAGUCAGAGAAAUAGUAACACAGGAAAUAGUCGCGAACGUCUCAAGUGCAGUGCCACGAUUCACAGCCGUGGGUUUGGUUCCGGGAAGAACGUACGCGGCCGCGGUGUUAGCGUAUAACGCGAAAGGCAGAGGCGACCCGUAUCCAUUACGAGCUAGCACACUACGACCUCCUGAAAAACAUCACGUACAUGAUAAAAGCUUAGAUUUACCAAGAACUGCAUUCCAAAUGUCGGGGGCGAUGUCAGCAGCAGUAGGUGGUGGAGGGGUCCUUAUGGUCGCCCUCGUUCUCUUCAUGAUAGCAGUAAGACAAAGAUGCGCUAAGAGGAAGCCAAGAUCUGGACCACCACCAUCCCAACCAGCUUCACCAGAUAAGCUGAGAGAAAAGGAUGAUAGUGAAAGUGAUGAUAGAAACCCGGAUAUAAUACCGUCAGACACGGAUCAUAAUAUGCAGAUAACGCUACUACAAGAAACGGGUCUUGCUCACCAGAUGGACUACUUCAGACAACAGCAAGUGUCGACCAUCUCGCCGCCCAACAGCCGCGGGCCUCGUGGCAGUAUCGCGGGCGUGCGCGGGAGCAUACCCGGCUACUGUCCCUUGAGGACCGCCCCGCCCUCACAUCCGCCUUUACAUGAUAAUAAUACACAAACACCGGGUAUACCACCGCCGGCGGGGUUCGCGGGCUCUUGCACGCUGCCUCGCAAUACUGGGAGCGAACGUUGCAUCCCCAUGCAACACUUGCGCACCCUCCCGCGCACCCACCCCCACCCCCACGCACACCCCCACCCCCCAAGAGACACGCCGCUC